AUGGCGAAACGCAAGGCACCUGAAGAACUCUCCACUAAUGUGAAUACUAUCAAAGCUCGCAACCGCGUCUCCAACCUUACUGAAGAUGAGAAGGCUGUUCACUUAGCACUCAAGGCUGACCAUGGUGAUCUGAGCUACUACUUAAAGAAGUUAUAUAAGUCUGCAAAGUAUAUCGCUGCCUCUACUGAAGACAAGACACGUCUACAGAAUGAAUUGAAGGUUGAGCGUAUUCGUGUUCGGACUGAGAAGGGUACCCAUGCAUCUUGCAUUGCGAAUCAGAAAGUCAAGAAUAUUAGCGCCUCUUCUUCUUCUCCACAAGCACCACCAUCUACUCCGCCACAACUUCUGUCUGAGCUUGCUGCAUUUGAGGGUAUCUCAAGUAUCCCAAUCGAUGACGAUCAUAACAGCGAAUGGGAGGAUACUGAGGUUGAAGACGAUUUGGAGUUGGAGCUUAUGUUACGGCGCAACGAUAUUUUAAAUCACGAGGCUGUUCUACCAGAUGAGCUUUCCGAUGAAGAGAUCGCUAGCAUCCAGGCUCUCUUAACUCAAGCACGCAUUGAUGCUGGAAAGCUGAGAAAGAAGCCUGAGCGUCUCUUUGAGUAUAUGCCGUGGAUUGAUGUAGAGGAAGGUUCUAGCUUCAAAGAGGCAUUCUUACUUGUCUACUCUAAGAAGUUUGAUAAGGAAAAGUGGGCUAAGGUAUCAGCUGCGCAGGAUAUGUUGUUCCUGGAGCUAGAGUAG